ACAAACUGCCACGCGCUCACCACGCCAGUAGUCUACCCAUGUUCGCUAAAGCCGUGAGCAGAAACUUCUUCCGACUCUCGCUUGAACUCGUACAAGGUGCGCGUGAGAGAGGGAAUGGUAAUAUUAACAGCUGAUUGUUGUAACAGCAGGAGUAGCAACGGUUUUAGAGUGAGGGAUAGAUUCGUUAACGUGAUAUAAAACAAGAGAGUUGAUGAUGAUGCAUCACAGAUGAUUAAUGUACCAGUGAUACGUGUUUCUGCUGCUUACUUUUUCUUCUUCAGAAGAUAUCUGAGAACGUGAACAAUUGUUGUCAGCAUACGAUGGUUUGUCCUCUUCUUUCUUACAGACAAACUUGUGAGUAGUAGAGAGGCACAGGGUUGUUUGUAAAGUUCUUCUGCUGCCAAGACUACCGUGUCGUUUUGUAAACUUGAACACUUGACUAGUAUAGUUGUGAUGGUGUUUUCUGGACUUUUGACCAUUUCUGCUUACAGUAGCAUUGAAUUUCUUCUAUAGACAAUCUGUUGGCAUUAUUCUACAGACUGUGAACGUUUCAAUUGCUGUUUCCCAAGACAAUCGAAAUAGCUUUAGAGACCCUAACACACCUUUAAAGGUUCUGAUUCUGUUCAUCUAUUUGUGCGUGCCUAGAAUAUUCUUCCCGUUUCUCCCUGAGAUGAUGGGUAUAAUGUGGGACAUCGUCUGAACUUUACUUCUCCAGUGACGCCAUGUCCCAUACACUUUGGUCUCCCAGGCACACAGAAAAUGAUGACAUGUUCUCGGGGCGACCUCUCUUACUACGUAUGAGCAGACUAGCUUGCCCUUUUCACAGUAGACUGCUGAUAUCACAGGCUGCCUUUGCCAUGCACGAGCGCACGCACGGGCACCUGGACGAUGUCGCUCUGACCAUCCUGUUGUUUGACAGUUUGCACCAGUUACUGGAGAGCGUGAAGCGUAUUCUGCACCAGCUGACCUCUGCCUUCCGAGGGCCGGCCCCUGCUUGCAUUGAGAGAAGCUGUUCUAGCAACAAACUGCCAGAUCUCGUCACAGAACUGUCCACUUGCCCGAUGACGCACAGUAGUUUUGUGCCCGACCUGCUACAGCUCCCGCCGUCUACGUCACGAGGCGGGUGCGUGGCCCGGAGAUUGUCACGUGAACAGAGCCCAUCACGUUCUCACCAUGACGACUUGGUUCCGGGAGGUCACAAGGGAAGCAAUCGUCACUACAUCCACCACUAUCACCAUGGAACCCGCCGCUCUAGCAGCACCGUAAACGCUGGGGAGAACGGCAACGAGGACGACGAAAGUAAUAACAACAAUGAUGUUAAUAAUAAUGAUGGCAACAAUAACUAUAACGAUGACAACAACAACAACAUCUCAGUAAACAGACCGAAUGUCAGCAGCAACAACAAUAUCAACAACGUCGAUAUCGCCAUCAAUAACAACUUCUUAUACAUUCCGAAUCUCAGUGACUCCGAGACAAGACAUUUUUCUAACCCAGCAGUGCAAACCCUCAGACAGGAUAGUGAAAAUAACAAUGCGAGUGGCAGUCUUGAUAUGCCCGAUUCUGGUGCCAAUCGUCCCUUUGCUCAAGUUCUUUCAGCCGAGUCUUCUCCCAGAGCUGAUCUUUCAGGAGCCAUGGCAACAUUGCAAAGGGUUCCUCUGAACCCGGCCUUUGAUCUCUUUGGCAGGGACCCCGUUCGUGGUAAUUUGGGGACCGUGAAUGGUCUCCGUGAAAAUGACUUUGUGCUGUCGGAGUCGGAGGAGGAAGGGGCGGAGGAGGAAGAGGAGCUGGUGAUAGAGGUUGAUCAGGAGGUGGCAAAAGACAUCGUCCUCAUGCUGAGAUCAGUUGGGGAUGCUCUCGAGGCGAGGAUGAGAUCUCAAGAUCAGUCAUCAUCUCUUGCCGUGCUUGGAGCUUUCAAGCUGAGACUGAGAGAUUUGGUGGCCAUCGCUCUGCCCAGACACCAGGCUGUCCAGCUAUUGGUCGGCACCUCUCUCUCCCUGGCUGGGCUCAUACAACGUCUCUAAAGACAUACAUACUCCACCCCAAAUGAGGAUCAGAUGGGUCUCAGCUGGAACGCAGCCAUCUUGCCACAUUAUGACGAUUGUGUGCACGCGCUUAGCAAGUUGUGCAAUGAUGCCCGGAUCACAUCACCGUGGCGUUUAAUUUUCUCCCUGCUUUGCCAAAAGAUAAGAUUCCACGCGAGCUCUUUUGCUUUUUCAAGCCAUCAGUUCUUGUGCUCUGAACAUUUGAACUAAGUUCUCCUGCUGUGCCACAGUCACUGAUAUAUUUGUAUGCCUAUACUCUUGUUCUGUUCUCUUUAUAAACUUAAAUCAGGUUCUGGUGUGAGAGAUAACAAAAUGUCGAUAUGUAUAUAUUGAUUUAUGUACAAAGCGAAAAUCAAAAUGUAUGUCAUAAUCUUUUUAUUGAAGAUCUUUUCUGAACAAUCAACAUCUUUUUAUACAUACUAGUGGCCCCGAUAUCCGAUCCUCUUCAUGGCUUUGGACAACAAAAAGACCGUAUACAAUCAGCAGCACAUUUUCAUGCAAAAACAUACUUUUCAUAAAGACACCAUAUCACAAGCCAAAAGACAUUUUUGUCAUCAACAAACAUUGUGUUCCAAUCACAACGACCCCUUUUUCAUGGGGAAAAAGAAAAAUCAUGUUUCUCUUUAUACAGUCACACACUGUGUUCCUUCAACGGUUUCAACUCUUUUUAGUGGUGCCUUUUAUCGCUUGACAGAUUUUGCUAUGAUUAUGCAUUGCCAUGUUUAAUGUCAAUUCUCUCAGAGAGAUCUCUACGCUGCAAAAUUUGGACCUGUUCCAGCUGCUAUGUCUAUGUGUUUUUGG